GUCUGUGAUUGAUUUAAAGACAACAAAACGAUCAUUCUGAUCUAUGGUAAAUCACGUUAUGUAAACCAAAUAUUAUAACUGCUGAUGCUGCAAUUGAACAUCACCUAGUCGUAGAUAUUGUACAUCCUCAAAAUGCAGCUUCCCUGGUCAGUGAUGGAAUUUAAAGUCUGCACAACGUAUAGCUACAAAAAUAACAAGGUUGUUUCCAUCUUUUGCCAUCAACAGCAACACAAAAUAUCUGAUUACACUUGACAUCAAGUAAGAAACAGAAGCUGAGAUUUUAUACAUAUUGCAAGGCAAGGCAGACAAACUUAGGAAGUGUUAAAAAAAGUGGUAACGACCUUAACCUUGCUAAGAGGUAGCGGCCUUUAUGGCUUUCUGCAACUCUGAUUCCACAUCACCCGCCACGCUUUGUGACUUGUUUGGUUGUUUUUUCUCAUCCUCUUGUCUUCCACUCUUGUUGCUGCUUCUCCAACGUUGAAACUCCCCAGAGCUUUCACUCAAUUUCUUUCCAGUAACACCAUUGGAAACAUCCCUUUUCAUCUCAUCCAACACACUCUUCAUCUCCCUAUUUUCGUUUUCAACAAUCUCCAAGUCCCUUCUCAUCCAAAAACACAUACCCUUCAACACCUGCAAAUCCGUGUCAGAACUGUCCCUGUCCCUGCUCUGUUUGUUAUUAUUAUUCUCUUUGGCUUCCUCAACCCUCUCGAACCCUAUCUUGUUCACCGUCAAAUACGGCAUUUUCGAUCCCAAAUUCCCCGGAAAAUUUACACCCCACCGAAAAUUCAAGAAGAACCCUUUCGUAACGGGCAUCACCGUCCGAGCCAUAACCCUAACCCCAACGACACCACCAUAUUUUGCAUCGUUCUUCUUCCCAACGUCGCAGUUGUCCAUACAAUCAUGGUCUGAUUUGUCUCUGGCACCACGAGGCUCCAAUUUCAAAUCCUGCCAAGCCGAGGAAGCGCCGUCAGGCACAAACCUCUUUUCGAUUUCAGGGGAAGAAGGUGGGGGAGGAAGAGAGACAGAGAGAGGGUGGGUGUUGGGGUCAGAGAAGACUGUUUUGUUGAGAGAGAAGUGACCGAAUUGGGGUUUGAAGUGUAGAAAGAAAGAAGGGAACGGAGGGUGGGUAGGGGAGAGAGAGAAAUUGGCGGAGAAGACGAGAGGAGAGUGGCGUGGAGAACCCAAAAUACCCAACCCCGAUUUCAGCGAGAGAGAGAAAGGGAGAGAGGAGGUUGGGGAGUAAGAGACUCUGAGGGAUGGACCCGAUUGAUAAUUGGUGGAGAGUGAGAAGGAAAACUCGGUGGCGGUGGUGGCUGUGAUUCCCGAAAUAAAGGGGUUGUUAAGUAUAGUAAUGGGUACCUUUGCGCUCAUAAUUUGUGACUGGGUGCUCUUUUGAUUCUCAUCCUCGCCCUGAAACUUGAGGGACAGCUUCAUAUUUGCAGAAGAAGGUGAAGUUGGAACUAGAAUGAAAGGUGAAACAGAACCACCAUGCCAACACCAGACAGAGAAGAUGACGAGGAACUCGUGUUUGGGCCACACUAUUCGUUGAGCCCAAACGCCAGUUUUUUUCUACUUUUUUCUGAAAAAAAAUAAAAAAAUUUAUUUUAGUAGACAAAAAAUUAUUUUAUAAUACGAUUUUUUAACGUCCAAAACAUUGAUUACACAUUACUAAAUAUUAUAAUUUCUAAUAAAAAUCUAUUAUAUAUAGUAUUGAAGGUUAAAAAAAUUCUUUAUAAUAUUUAUAUAAUUCAUUAAAUGGAAAGACAUGAAAUAGGAAGAGAAGGUGUUUCCCGCACACGACACGAGAGCACGCGAAUGGCAGUGGUUGGCUGGAACUGGAACAAACAAAAUAGAAGGUAGACUUGUUUUGGAUGCUUGUAUUGCUCUCUCUCUCUCUCUCGCGUAAGUGUAACGGAAUCAACGAUGAUGAUGGCAACCAUUCAAAUUCAUGUUUCUUCCGCUGCGUCUUUCUUAAAAUCCGAUUCCUCUCCCUCCAUACGCCGAAGCAAAUGCAUUUCACGCUUACCUCCAACUUGGAGGAUCACCAACCACGCCCACGCAACCCAAACUACCUCCCCCAACGGCUCUCCAACCGUCGGCCACACGAACUCUCGCCUUGACCGUAACUAUGGAGCGGAGCAGGGAGAGGCAAAUUCAGACGCGCGCAUCAAAACUAAGAUUGUAUGCACAAUAGGUCCUUCUACAAGCUCACGUGACAUGAUAUGGAAACUGGCUGAAACGGGAAUGAACGUGGCACGUUUGAACAUGUCGCAUGGGGACCACGCAUCGCACCAGAAAACUAUUGAUUUGGUAAAGGAAUACAACGCUCAAUUUCAAGAUAAGGUCUUAGCCAUCAUGCUCGACACCAAGGGUCCUGAAGUUAGAAGUGGGGAUGUACCUCAACCAAUUUUACUUCAAGAGGGUCAAGAAUUCAAUUUGACCAUUAGGAGAGGGGUCAGCACACAAGACACCGUUAGCGUCAAUUAUGAUGAUUUUGUCAAUGAUGUCGAGGUUGGAGACGUCUUACUGGUUGAUGGGGGAAUGAUGUCUCUUGCUGUUAAGUCAAAGACAAAAGACUCGGUUAAAUGUGAAGUUAUUGAUGGUGGAGAACUGAAAUCUAGGCGUCAUUUAAAUGUCCGUGGAAAAAGUGCAACACUUCCUUCCAUAACUGACAAGGACUGGGAAGAUAUCAAGUUUGGGGUGGACAAUCAAGUAGACUUCUAUGCCCUCUCAUUUGUCAAGGAUGCUAGAGUAGUUCACGAGUUAAAAGAAUACCUCAAAAGUCAUAAUGCUGAUAUACACGUGAUUGUAAAAAUUGAAAGUGCAGAUUCCAUUCCAAAUCUUCAUUCAAUACUUUCAGCUUCUGAUGGGGCCCUGGUUGCUCGUGGGGACCUUGGAGCUGAACUUCCAAUAGAGGAAGUUCCUCUAUUGCAGGAGGACAUCAUUAGAAGAUGUCACAGUAUGCAAAAGCCCGUAAUUGUGGCAACAAAUAUGCUCGAAAGCAUGAUUAAUCAUCCCACACCAACAAGGGCAGAAGUCUCAGACAUUGCAAUUGCAGUAAGGCAAGGUGCUGAUGCUAUCAUGCUUUCUGGUGAAACUGCACAUGGAAAAUACCCUUUGAAAGCUGUUAAAGUCAUGCGGGCGGUGGCUCAUAGGAAUGAAUCCAGUGUUGGAAGUGAUGCUGCUUAUCCAAGUCAAUUGAAUCCCCAUAAAAGCAACAUGGGAGAAAUGUUUGCUUUCCAUGCAACAACAAUGUCUAACACUCUUAAUACUCCUAUUAUUGUUUUCACCAGAACAGGAUCCAUGGCUAUUCUUUUGAGCCAUUACAGGCCGUACUCAACAAUAUUUGCAUUCACAAAUGAAGCAAGGAUUAAGCAGAGGUUGGCAGUUUAUCAUGGUGUUAUGCCCAUAUACAUGCAAUUUUCAAAUGAUGCAGAGGAGACCUUCUCUAGAGCCCUCAAGUUAUUAUUGACUAAGGGUCAUUUACAUGAGGGACAGCAUGUUACUAUUGUACAAAGUGGAGCACAACCAAUCUGGCGUGAGGAAUCCACUCACCACAUACAAGUUCGUGAGGUCCAUGGAUAAAAUUCUUCUUUGAAGAGUCGUUGUUCCUCAUAAGUGUACAGUUUUUUUUCCCGCUCACUUAUAACGAGUUAUUCUUACUCUGAAUCAUAGUUAUGCCUAUUAUGCACGUGAAACACCAAUGUUUGGAUAACGCAAAUAGUGACUGUUGAUAAGGAAUUGCCAUAGCCUCCAUGAAGUUCUUUUAUGACUAUAUAUGUUAAACACACUUGUCAUCUUGAUGUUUUAUCUAGGGUAAGAUUGUGUACGUCUGACCCUUAUAUCCCACAACGGUGAGACUUGGAAGCCACAUGCACUGGGAUAACCUUUCUAAUUUAUUUAUCUUUUAAUUUGUUUGAACUACC